UGAAACCAUCAUAACAGUGACUGACUUUGAUAGGUUUAAGCAGGCUCAAAUUUUCAAGGUUGGUGGCUCUCUCUACCCCCCUCUCUCUCUCUUCUUUCAGUCUUUUCAGAUUGUUUAUAAGAUCUCUCCGCACUCGAGUUUCACUGGCCUGCUCCUCCUUCCAUUUUGGGACUUUUAUGAGUCCCAAAGUGGGGAACUUGCGUAUGUAACUCGGAAGUUGAUGAAGAAGAAGAUGAUGGUGAUGAAGACGAUGGUACUCAUCGUGAUGCUGAUGAUGGUUGCCCUUGCGGGCAUGGGAGCUGACAGUGCUCCGGUUCAGUUCAUCUUUGGGGACUCCUUAUCCGACGUUGGGAACAACAACUACCUCACAAAGGGCAUUGCUAGGGCCGCUUUGCCUUGGUACGGGAUCGACAUUGGCAUGGGUCUCCCCAAUGGCAGGUUCACAAAUGGGCGUACAAUUGCAGACAUAAUAGGCGAUUACAUGGGAUAUCCGAGACCUAUAGCAUUUAUGGACCAAUCUUUGGAUGUGGAUGCGAUACUAAAAAAUGGAGUCAAUUAUGCUUCUGGUGGAGGGGGGAUCCUCAAUGAUACAGGCCAAUUAUUCGUGCAAAGAUUUUGCUUUUACAAGCAGAUUGAUCUCUUCCAAGGGACACAAAAGCUGGUCAAAGAGAAGAUUGGCAGCGAAGCAGCAGACAAGUUCUUCAAGGAAGCAAGCUACGUCGUUGCACUGGGAAGCAACGACUACAUCAACAAUUUUCUGCUUCCUGUUUAUCCAGAUGCAUGGGCAUACUCCUCCACAGGAUUCACAAACUUGCUGAUCUCCACACUGAAGGACCAACUGACGUUGCUGCACAAGUUGGGAGCUCGAAAAUUGAUCUUCUUUGGGCUGGGUCCGAUGGGUUGCAUUCCCCUGGAGAGGGUCAUGAACACCAACUACACCUGCCAAGACAGUGUCAACAAGCUUGCUAUGAGCUUCAACGACAAUACCAAACAACUCAUGCAAGAUUUGUCUGCACAGCUUCCCAACGCCACCUUCCAAUUUGGAGAUGCCUACAACGAAUUCGCCGAUUUGAUUGCCAACCCUCUCAAACAUGGAUUCAGCAACGCGGACUCUCCGUGUUGCAGACUGGGGAGGAUACGGCCAUCAUUGACGUGCACCCCAGCAUCAAGUCUGUGCAAGGAAAGGAGCAAGUACGUGUUCUGGGACGAGUACCAUCCCACCGAGGCCGCCAACCAGGUCAUUGCGAAUGCCAUCAUCAAGAAGCUCAGCUUCAGGCCCCUCAACGCACCACCAUCGGCGGCUGCGGCCCCCUCCAACAAUACAGCAUCCUCUCCGGCCACUACUUCCGUUGCUCCGGCAGGGGCGCCCUCCUCUCCCACGGCUCUCUCCCCAGCUUCUUCGACUACCACCGUUCCCUUCAUUGCCACGCCACCCGCUCCUACUCCUUCUUCCUGAUAAAACUUAGUUUGCUUUUCCUCUGUUUUGAUCGAAGCUUGCACAUGAGGAAUUGACGUUGUUUAGGGAACACUACUAUGGUGCUCGGCAAGGAAGAGUUGGGGAAGACAAAGAGUACUGUGGAAGCACGAGCAUCUGGGAACAUCUCUGCUCACUGAGGUGUUACCUCUUAACGUGAAACACGAGUGUUCUAGUUGGCUUUUACUGUCCUAUUAAUGGUUGAGCCAGCAAUCAAAACAUAGCAAUAGACCUGAAGAUCAGGAAGAACUUUGAAAGGGCAUCUAAGGUUGAAAUUUCUUGUAGUUUCAUAUUUUGUACCGUCACGGGACUGCCUAGCUCCAGCUUCAAUCGCAAAAAGAAAUGGAAAAGAAAAAAGAGAGUUUGUUUGAAACCUUUAUAUUUUGCUAAUGUCAGUGUCAGUAAACCGGCCCGACGUUCACCUGUCCGGCGGUGUAAGACUGAUGAAAUUCAUGUUUGAUU